ACAUCUUCUCGACACGAGACUACACGACCACACGCGAUCGAUUCUGCCCAGCUUAUACUCGCUGAGAAACAGUGAAGAUGCUCGACAUAAACGACUUCAUCAAGGAGCGUGGUGGCGACCCAGAAAAAAUCCGCGAGUCCCAGAGGAAGCGAUGCGCCCCCGUAGAAAUCGUCGACGAGAUCAUCGCCGACUUUGAAGACCACCGUCGCACACAAUACGAUGCCACUCAGUUCGGCUCCAAGAUAAACGCGGUCCAGAAGAACAUUGGUGCUAAGAAGAAGGCCAAGGAAGACGCUUCAGAGUUACUCGAGGAGAAGAAGAAACUGGAAGCUGAGAAGAAGGAGAAGGAGACCGAGGCUGCGGAGAAAUUGGCGAAGCUGCACGCAAAGGCGAAGACGGUCGGAAACUACGUGUACAAGGACGUCCCGGUUAGUGAUAACGAGGACAACAACGCGGUUCAGAAGACGUGGGCUCCCGAAGGAAGGAAGGCCGAGUUCAAGCAAGAUGGCAUCCCACACCACGGCGUACUUGCGCGGUUGAAUGGAUAUGACCCGGAGAGGGGUACCAAAAUUGUUGGUCACAGAGGAUACUGUCUGACUGGAUACGGUGUCUUCCUUAACCAAGCGCUGAUCAAUUACGGCCUGGAAUUUCUGUUCAGCAAAGGAUUCACACCCAACCAACCGCCCUUCUUCAUGCUCCGCGAUCAGAUGGCCAAGACAGCGCAACUUUCUGACUUCGACGAGGAGCUCUACAAGGUCACCGAGAGCAAAGACAAGCCUGAGACCGACAAGUACCUUAUUGCCACUUCAGAACAACCCAUCUCCGCGCUUCACUCAGAGGAGUGGCUACACGACAAAGAGCUACCCAUCAAGUACGCCGGUUACUCAACAAACUUCCGAAAAGAAGCCGGUUCGCACGGCAAAGACGCUUGGGGAAUCUUCCGGAUACACCAGUUCGAAAAGGUUGAGCAAUUCCUCCUCACAAACCCUGAGAAGUCAUGGGAAGCAUUCGACGAGAUGCUGGCCAACUCGGAAGAGUUCUACCAAAGUCUGGGUCUGCCUUACCAGGUUGUUGCUAUUGUCUCGGGUGCAUUGAACAAUGCUGCGAGCAUGAAGCGCGACCUAGAGGCUUGGUUCCCCGUCACCGGUGGUGGAGAGUACAAGGAACUUGUCUCCAUCUCCAACUGCACUGACUACCAGACUCGCGAGCUGGAGAUUAGACAUGGAAUUAAGAAGUUGAACGCUACCCGUAAAGAGUACGUUCACGCACUCAACGGCACUCUUUGCGCAACCGAACGAACACUCUGCUGUAUCCUCGAGAACUACCAGACACCUGAAGGCUUCGUUGUCCCCGAGGUCCUGAGGAAGUACAUCCCUGGUCAGCCUGACUUCUUGCCCUAUGUCAAGGAGUGGAGGGCACCCAAGGAGCUCCCUGACCGGACAAAGUAGGCGUCCGUCGUGUCAGGUUUGGAGUGCGAGGAUGGACAUGCAAAGAGGACAUCACUGAGAUACUUGUAAAAGGAGAAACUAGAUUUACACUGGGCUAUGAUCCUGGUGGACUAGGGUGUUGAUUCACGAGCGAUGAAUAUGGAAGUGAUCUUUUUCACGCGGUUGGGCAGUCCGAAGUUGUGUAAUCGUGAUCUGCGCGUUGCUUAAUGGCUGCAUUUCAACAAGAGACCUCACUGAACCCCUUCCUCCUCAACCAACCUGUUCUCCCAACUCCCCAACCAUCUCCACCCCCUACAAACCUGAUCCAAUUCCCUCAAUGCCGCAUUCACCUCCCCUUGCCCAUCCUCCGUCUUUCUCCCUUUGAACUCCA